UUGAGCAGUGAGCAGUGAGUAAAGCGAUAGGGCCACAGGCUGUGCUGUAUGGUGUGCGGGGCUGCGGGCAGUGUGAUAGGCUGGCGGGGAUUAAACGAUGCAGAAGAAGUGUCACGCAUGCCCUGUAGAAUGUGGUAUUAAUCUGAACACAUCGUAAAGGGAACAGGUGGAGGAUGACAUCGUGCAGGGGGUAAGAAAAAGAAUACUAGCCAGCAGAUGACGGGAGGGGAUGGAGCAAACACUGACAACGUGUCCGGUAUCGAUUUAGCAUCAGCUGAGCCCCGCCACGCCACACUGACGGUUCACCUGUAGGCCGCCCACUCCAGCCCCGCCUCGCCCCGCCGCCCCCAAGGUCACCCAGGGCUGGUUGUCACACCUUGCAGGUGAGGUGAGGUAGGUGAGGCGAGAGCACCGUACUACAGCCACCAGCAGUAGUGAGCCAGACGCGUGGUGUGGUGAAGCCAGGGACUACAAGACGAACGGCUGUGUUGACAUCGUUCCUUCCUCCUUCAGACAACAUGGGUGCGCCUGAUGUGACUGUGGUGUGUGUGGGCCCUGAGACGUCCGAGAUGCCGCUGUACGACCCCAAGCUACUGGAGGGGCUGGACUGGAGCACCGUGACACACAUGAAGGGCGGCGUCACCUCCCUGUCGCCUGGGCCCGGGCUGAGGGUGAGGCCGCUCUGCAAGGGGGACUACGACAGAGGUUUCCUUCAGCUCCUGGCUCAGCUCACCAAGGUCGGGGACAUCAGCAGGGAGCAGUUUGAAGAGCGGUUCGAGGCAAUGCAGCGUUGUCCAGGCCACUACUACGUGACAGUGGUGGAGGACAUGGACCAGGGGAAGGUGAUCGCCUCGGCCACCCUCGCCUGUGAACUCAAAUUUAUUCGCGCUUGUGCUACGAGAGGCAGGCUGGAGGACGUGGUGGUGAGUGACCAGUACCGCGGGAGGCAGCUGGGCAAACUCAUCGUCACCACCAUCAACCUCUUGGCGCGUCACGUGGGCUGCUACAAGCUUGGCCUGGACUGCACGGACGCCAUGAAGAAGUUCUACUCCUCUCUAGGCUACUCCAGUGAGCCAGGCAACGAUAAUACCAUGAUCAUCCGCUUCUCCGCUCCAUCCCCUGCUGCUAAUGGCAUUCCCACUGAUGCCUCCUGCUCUAAUGGCGCCCCUGCUACUGCUCCUGCUGCUGCUGCUACUACUGCUGCUGCUACUUCGAAUCUCUGAGGGUUGUGAAGAGGUGUAGGUGUUCAAAUAUGCAAUGAAUUGUGUUAGUGUUGUUCUUUUCAUAUUCCGUAUUCUGAAACGCUUUCUUGCCACCCUUUCACUAAUUUCAAAAGAUUUUAGUUAAAGGUACUUUUUUGUUACAGAUUAACGAUUAUUCAUAAUAAACAGAAGGGACACUCUUAAGAAUCCAACCAAUAAUCUCUAUGGCCAUUGAACAUGAAGCGAGAAAGCGAUGCGUUUCAGAAUAUGGGAUGUGAUGCGAGGAAUGAUUCAUGGGUUAGGGUGCAAUACUGUAUGCGUGCUGUGACCGCAUUCUCAAACGUUUCUCUACCUCUUCUCUUUCUCUUAACGGGUCCUAGUGGGAAUUUAGAUUUUCAGGGGUGUUUUUCACGAUUUCAGUAAUAGUUUUAGGAUAUGGGAAAUCUGCUGGGGCCUAAUCUAUGGUCUGAUAAUACGUAAUCCUGAUGAGGGAGCGAAGCGUUUCGAAAUGCUGGCUUUGGUGUGAAUGGAAGAGAGAGAGUGUAGGGGGGGGAGGGGUUACUUGAAAGUUCUUUCAUCUUUUAUCAUGUAUCUUCCUUCCAGCAGUUUCUACAUCCUUAAAACCUUUCAAUGUUUUCUCCUCUGUAUUAUAAUGGACGUCUCAGUAUGUACUUACGUCCUCCUCGUGUGUGUGUGUGUGUGUGUGUGUGUACAUAAACCUGUGAUUUCAUGUACAUAUACAUACUUAAUAUUAUUUUUUUUCUUUUCCUCUUUUUGAAGUAAAAACGUAUCAAACGA